UGCACUGCCCCUCCAUGGAGCCCUCGCCCUGCUGCCCCCCACUGCUCUGUAUCAGCCCCUGAGUAAAUUAAAACAACGGGGUGGGGACUAGUCCCUCCUGGGCCAGCCUGCUCCGAAAUGCCCACUGGGGGCAGACCAAAGACGCCAGGCAAGUGUACAGCCGGUGCUCCCUCUCCUGGGCAGCCUUGCCGAGCAGCAGAAUGCGAGGGAGAUGAACAGCUGGACUCAGGCUGCAGUGCUCGGGCCAACGUGACGUCACCAGGCGGAGAGAUGAGUUCCCGGUGGGGCUCUGGGGGGGCUCCUGAGCGGGGCAUUCCUUCCUGAAGCCUCAUCCCUGCUCAGCCCCUCCUCCUACUCCCCUCCCCCUCCCCCUCCUGCCGGGCCAGGAAUUGGGUUUGGGGCGGGUUCUGCUUCCAAAGCCAUCUCUUCCAGCAGGAGAGGGCUCUACUCUGAGCUCGUAUUUUCCGAGGCUCCGGGCCGCGCUCGGCGCUGGCCUGCUGCCCCGGUGGGUCGGCCGGCCGGAGGCGGGAGUCACAGGAAGAGCCCUCCACAAAAGGAGGCCUCGGCGGAUCAGGACAGCUGCAGGUAGCUCCAGGGGCCCAGGGUCCAGGGGAGGGUGUUCCAACAACCAGGGCUGCAGGGUGAGGGCCAGGCAGGGAAGGAAAAUGACGCGGGCACUGUCGGGGCAGAGAGGUGGACGCUGUCGGCGCAGGCAGCUCCCAGAAAUCCUAAGGCCCCAGGAAGGGAGCCCUGAGACCCCAGAGAGGCUGUCACUCACUGGAGAAGCUCCCCUGCCACUCCUGAGGCUCCAGGGUUCCGGGGCCAUGGAGGAACUUUAAAAGUCCCCCUUCUGUGGCAGGACCUGACCCCUCCCAGCUGGCCUCACCCCCAGCCCCACUGUUCAGCUCCUGCUCUGUGCUGCUGGGGGUGAGGGCUCCCUCUGGGUCCCUCCCCCAGCCUCACUGGCCAUUCAAGCAUGCAUUCUAGAGGGGCUGGAACGGAACACCCAGCAGGCAGUGUCCCACACACAGGGAGAUGGCUCCCCCUGCUCUCAGCCCUGGGGUGCACACGGGGUGUCCGUGUGGGCAGCCACAGGAUGUUGGGCAACUGCAGUCCCACCUUCUCCCAGGGCAGCGGCCCUAAUGAAGCUGUUGGCCUUGGAUGGAGGCGGCUCCUGGAAUGAUCUGCAAGGUGGGUGUGCAGACUGGUGAGCUGCCAGCAGGGGCCCAGACGCGCCAGGCCUGGAGAUGGCUGGAAACUGCUCCUGGGAGGCCCAUCCCGGCAACAGGAACAAGAUGUGCCCCGGCCUGAGCGAGGCCCCGGAACUCUACAGCCGGGGCUUCCUGACCAUCGAGCAGAUCGCGAUGCUGCCGCCUCCGGCCGUCAUGAACUACAUCUUCCUGCUCCUCUGCCUGUGUGGCCUGGUGGGCAACGGGCUGGUCCUCUGGUUUUUCGGCUUCUCCAUCAAGAGGAACCCCUUCUCCAUCUACUUCCUGCACCUGGCCGGCGCCGAUGUGGGCUACCUCUUCAGCAAGGCGGUGUUCUCCAUCCUGAACACGGGGGGCUUCCUGGGCACGUUUGCCGACUACAUCCGCAGCGUGUGCCGGGUCCUGGGGCUCUGCAUGUUCCUUACCGGCGUGAGCCUCCUGCCGGCCGUCAGCACCGAGCGCUGCGCCUCGGUCAUCUUCCCCGCCUGGUACUGGCGCCGGCGGCCCAAGCGCCUGUCGGCCGUGGUGUGCGCCCUGCUGUGGGUCCUGUCCCUCCUGGUCACCUGCCUGCACAACUACUUCUGCGUGUUCCUGGGCCGCGGGGCCCCCGGCGCGGCCUGCAGGCACAUGGACAUCUUCCUGGGCAUCCUCCUGUUCCUGCUCUGCUGCCCGCUCAUGGUGCUGCCCUGCCUGGCCCUCAUCCUGCACGUGGAGUGCCGGGCCCGACGGCGCCAGCGCUCUGCCAAGCUCAACCACGUCAUCCUGGCCAUGGUCUCCGUCUUCCUGGUGUCCUCUAUCUACUUAGGGAUCGACUGGUUCCUCUUCUGGGUCUUCCAGAUCCCGGCCCCCUUCCCCGAGUACGUCACUGACCUGUGCAUCUGCAUCAACAGCAGCGCCAAGCCCAUCGUCUACUUCCUGGCUGGGAGGGACAAGUCGCAGCGGCUGUGGGAGCCGCUCAGGGUGGUCUUCCAGCGGGCCCUGCGGGACGGCGCUGAGCUGGGGGAGGCCGGGGGCAGCACGCCCAACACAGUCACCAUGGAGAUGCAGUGUCCCCCGGGGAACGCCUCCUGAGACUCCAGCGCCUGGAGGAGGCAGGGGCAGGAAGCGGCCUCCAAGACCCUUCGCCUUGGGACAGGAAUGGGCACCUGCUUCUGAGUCCAUACAGGAGAAGAAAGAUCUGUUUCCUCUCCUCGGGCCUCCUUCUCCCUGGGCUGGGGACUCCAGGGGUGGCUGGGAGACUGGGCAGCCACCAGCAAACAGACCCUGUGGCCCCUGCCAGGCUCCCCCACCCAUUCUGCUCCCCUAGAGACCUCUUGUACAGAAGUUGCCCCCAGGUGGUGGGGCCCCUCCUUGCCCUAGGCUGGUUGGUAAAAGAGAGGAGGUCAUCACCCAGCCUAGCCACCUCUGCCUCUUGGGUCAGCCCUCCUUGACUGUGUCCCAGCCAGCACCAGGCCAGCAGCCUCAUCCCUGCCAUUCAGGGCUGUUCCAGAGAUUCGAUCCUCUUAAGGUAUUAUCAGUGAGCAAAUGUGAAGGAAAUGGUGUCUGGAAGAAAGUUCUGGUUCACAUGUCUUGUAGCUAAGUCUUUCUGCAAACAACCUCCCUUCCCCCCGUCGAGUCAUUUGGUGACUUUGAUGGGGGGAUUUCUGGUUAUGUCAAGGCUCUGGAGACAGGAAGGGCCUUUGGCCGCCUUGGGUAGUUGACCUGCCUUUUCUGACUCCGGGACGAGCCAGUCCUAGGCUGCCUCCGGGAGCACUUGAGGUAUCCCGCAGGCCAUGAGGACCCACUGGGCAGCUCCUGGACAGCCUCUUGGCUCCAGCCCCCACCCGAAAGUGGACACUGGCUCCGCCCUGGCCACCUGGGGACUGGCACUGUGGUGCACAGUGGCCCAAUGUGGCCAACGGAAGUUUUAUAAAAGACAAAAUGUAUAUCAAUAAACAUUUUAUAACUUGCA